GUGACGUGGAUCGGUGCGAGGUGGCAUUUUGUGUCAAAAAACAUACCGCUGAUUCUCGUGUAUAUUUACUAGGACAGAACAUUUACCAUCGUUUGCUAUGAGUUUUUUGAAAAGAGAUAAAAAGGAGGAAGAGGAAGGGGGUGGGAAUCCAUUCCAGCAUAUGGAAAAGGCCACUGUAUUACAGGAGGCAAGGACAUUCAAUGAGACACCAAUUAAUCCCAGAAAAUGUCUUCACAUCCUCACCAAGGUUCUUUACCUGAUCAACCAGGGAGAGCAUGUGGGCACCACUGAGGCCACAGAAACCUUCUUUGCUAUGACCAAACUCUUCCAGUCCAAGGAUGUCACUCUUCGUCGUAUGGUUUAUCUUUGUAUCAAAGAGAUGUCCAAGAUUUCUGAGGAUGUCAUCAUUGUCACCAGCAGUUUGACCAAGGACAUGACUGGCAAGGAAGAUUCAUUUCGUGGUCCAGCUAUCAGAGCUCUGUGUAUGAUUACUGAUACCACCAUGUUGCAGAGUAUAGAGAGAUACCUGAAGCAGGCCAUAGUGGACAAGGUCCAUGCUGUGUCCAGUGCUGCACUCACCUCUGCUCUGCACCUGUCCAAGACCAGUAAUGAGGUGGUCAAACGCUGGGUCAACGAGGCACAGGAGGCCGUCAACAGUGACAACGUCAUGGUCCAGUAUCAUGCGCUGGGGCUAUUGUACCACAUCAGGAAGUCAGAUCGUCUCUCGGUGACCAAGAUGGUCUCCAAGUUCACCCGACACUCUCUCAAGUCACCUUUUGCCUAUUGUCUCUUGAUCCGUAUUGCUUCUAAAUUGAUUGAUGAAGAGGAUGCUGGCACUGACAGUCCAAUGUUUGAAUUCAUUGAGUCGUGCCUGCGCCACAAGAGCGAGAUGGUGAUCUACGAAGGGGCGCAUGCUAUAGUGAACAUGAAGCACACCACAGCCAAGGAACUGGCACCAGCGGUGUCAGUGCUGCAACUGUUCUGUAGCUCUCCCAAACCUACUCUGCGCUUUGCUGCCGUGAGAACCCUGAAUAAGGUAGCCAUGAAGCACCCCGCUGCAGUGACAGCGUGUAACCUGGACCUGGAGAACCUGAUCACAGACAACAACAGGAGUAUUGCCACACUGGCCAUCACUACACUGCUGAAGACUGGCAGUGAGAGCAGUGUGGACCGGCUCAUGAAGCAGAUCUCCACUUUCAUGUCAGAGAUCUCUGACGAGUUCAAGAUAGUCGUUGUGGAAGCCAUAAGGUCCCUGUGCAUCAAGUUUCCCCGCAAGCACGGUGUGAUGAUGAGCUUUCUGGCCUCCAUGCUGCGAGAGGAGGGCGGCCAUGAUUACAAAAAGGCCAUCGUGGACACCCUCAUCCAUAUUGUGGAGGAGAUCCCUGAGGCCAAAGAAAUUGGACUCUCUCAUCUCUGCGAGUUUAUAGAAGACUGCGAGCACACCAGCCUGGCCACACGUAUUUUGCACCUGUUAGGACGCGAGGGUCCUCGUACCCCACAACCAUCCAAGUACAUCCGUUACAUCUACAACCGCGUUAUCUUGGAGAACUCACCAGUUAGAGCAGCUGCCGUGACUGCCCUGGCAAAGUUUGGUGCUCACUGUGAGGAGCUGCUGCCCAGCAUAUUGGUCUUGUUACAGAGAUCUCUCCUAGAUGUAGAUGACGAGGUGCGAGAUCGAGCCACCUUCUAUCUGAACAUCCUGCAAGAGCAGCAGAAAGCUCUCAACUCUGCCUACAUUCUGAAUGGUCUCCAAGUAUCUAUUGUUGGUCUGGAGCGUGCCCUGCACAGCUAUACCAUGGAGCCGUCUGACAAACCAUUUGACAUGAAGACUGUACCCAUUGUGGCCCAGCCUAUGGCGGAACAGAAACCUGGUAGGUAGACAAUCCCCGGGGAUGCAGGGGGAGGGGGAUCAAGACCAGCGGAGAAAGUGGCCGCUUCCAGACAGGAUGUCUAUGCAGAACAACUGGCGGCCAUUCCAGAGUUCAGCACCUUGGGUCCGUUGUUCAAAUCAUCCAACCUUCCCGUGGAACUCACCGAGAGCGAGACUGAGUACAUGGUUCACUGUGUCAAACACAUGUUCCAGAAUUAUAUUGUACUUCAGUUUGACUGUACCAACACCCUAAAUGACCAGCAGCUAGAGAAGGUCAUCGUCCAGAUGGAGCCGUCCGAGGGCUUCGAGGUGGUCAGUUACAUCCCAGCCCCUGUCCUGAAGUACAAUGUACCUGGUAUUACCUAUACACUGGUUAGAUUACCAGAGGACCCCACUCUAGCAACUGGCACGUUCAGCUGCACCCUGAAGUUCCUGGUGAAGGAUUGUGACCCUAACACUGGAGAGACUGAUGAUGAGGGGUACGAGGAUGAAUACGUGCUUGAGGACCUGGAGGUCACGGUGGCGGACCAUGUCCAGAAGGUGAUGAAGCCAAACUUUGCUGCCUCCUGGGAGGAGGUUGGAGAGGAGAACGAGAUUGAGGACACCUAUGCCUUGUCUUCUAUGAAAUCUUUGCAGGAAGCUGUGAAGACUAUCAUACAGUUCAUGGGAAUGCAGCCCUGCGAGCGUUCGGACAAAAUCCCCGAGGGAAAGAGCUCGCACACCCUCUACCUGGCUGGCGUCUACCGUGGCGGCCAUGACAUCCUGGUACGGGCCAAGCUCGCCAUGGGAGACGGUGUCACCAUGCAGAUCACCGUACGAAGUACCGACCCACAUGCCGCGGAAGUGAUCUCAUCCGCUGUGGGUUAAUCUUCUUAAAAUCCUCGUACAGGGAUGGUUCAAGAAAAAUGGCAGUUUCAGAUUAGAAUAAAAGACUAUAUAUGUAUCAGAAAUUAUUAUUUGUUGCUAGGAAAAGGUGCAUGAACUUGGAUUACUUUACUUUCAAAAUCUACUUAUAUUGUGCUUAAUAUGCCGUGAUGAGAAAGUUGUAUUGGAGUAGUAAGGCAUGAUGACUCAUUUCUUUCAAUGCAAAAAAUCUGAGGUGUUUGUUAAACGUGAACAGACUGGAAGGGUGUUCUAAUUGCUUGGCAUUCUGAUUUCAGUGAGGGAAGUGAAGUAAAAAAGUAAUUCAUUAUGAACUUUGAAAUGCUGAAUGUUAUAUACGUUCGUCAGUCAAAAUAUCUUUGAUUUAUAUCACUUGAUAUAUAUAACUGUUCAUAAAUGUAUGUUGAAUGUUGCAUUUUGGAAAAAAAAACAGAAGU